UCUAUGGUUGUAAAGACUAAAGAGUGAUAUUCUCUGCAAAAAAAUACAGACUUUUCAGUUCAAUCUCUUUAGUGGGUGUCUUGACAUUUAUGAAUAGUGAAAGCUUCAAUGCUUCAUAGCUUGAGUUUUGAGCUUCAUUUUGUGUACUUUUUUCCUAUACAUUAAUGGGUCCACUACUUCUUGAUUGAUGCCAGUUCCAGACCUUUAGAGUUCUUAGUUUGGUAGCAUUAAGUAUCUCAAUAUAGACAUUGUUCGAGCUCUAGCUAGUUUGUGUUGAAAAAAAAAUGAGAUCUAUAGAGGAUAAAGGGUGUAACAACAAUGCAGGAUCAACACCCGAGAUUUCAACUGGUGCACGCAUCAACAACAGCUUUGAGUUUCACAAAGGGAACGUUAAUGGAGUUAGUAUAACUCGUAGUUCUUCUCAUCAUCACCAUAGAACGGCUUUAGGCAAGCCAACACCAUCAAAAUGGGAUGAUGCACAGAAAUGGCUGGUGGGUUUGUCAAGAGUUGGAGGAGGAGGAGGAGAUAAAAAUCAGAAGAACAAGCCAAGGAACUCCAAUGCCGAUGACAGGAGACUCAUUGCUCCAGUUCCUCAGAAGGAGCAGGACUACUCGAGCAGUGAAGAUGAAAAUGAACAGCAACAUGGGUUUCAUCUUUCAUUGCCAAACAAUCAUUAUGAAUCUGAAACAAAGAAGGUUGAUUGUGAGGAUAAUCCAACUUCUGGGGGUAUUAGAUCAAUUUGUUUGAGAGAUAUGGGUACUGAGAUGACUCCAAUUGCAAGCCAAGAGCCUUCAAGAGCAGCUACACCUAUCAGAUCCUCAACACCGGUCGGUCGGAGCCCCAUUUCUUCUGGAUCUUCGACUCCUGUAAGGUCUCAAAAUGGUGUAGUAGUAGUAGUACAAGGUGUUGAAAAAGCACAUAAGGCACCAAAAAGCAAGGAUUCAGAACAAGCUAGAAAGUUAAGUCCUCUAGAGGCAAGAGCAAUUGCCUGGGAUGAAGCAGAAAGAGCCAAAUACACUGCAAGGUAUAAGCGUGAAGAGGUGAAGAUUCAAGCCUGGGAGAACCACGAGAAGAGAAAAGCUGAGAUGGAAAUGAAGAAAAUGGAGGUAAAGGCGGAGAGAUUGAAAGCUAGGGCACAAGAGAGGAUGGCAAACAAGAUUGCAGCGACAAGGAGAGUAGCAGAAGAGAAGCGAGUGAAUGCUGAGGCUGAACUGAAUGAGAAGGCUGUCAGGACUUGUGAGAAGGCAGAUUACAUAAGGAGAAAUGGUCACAUGCCCACUUCAUUCUCCUUCAAGCUGCCCUCCCUCUGCUGGUAGCAACUCUGCAAAACACGACUUAAAAACGUUGUCGUCGCGCUCAAUUUCAUUGCUUUCGCAAUUAACAAUGUGAUCUUAUGAAAUUUAUUUAUUUGAUUUCUUGAAAUGCUGUACAAGUUCUAACUCUGUAAGUUCUCUGAUCACAUGAUCUGGGAAAAGCAGAAAAAUAUUAAGUCUCAGGACAUAUGAAAAAACUGCAUACAUAUAUGUUUAUUAGUCAUCACCUGAACCAAAGCCAUGUAUUUUGGGUUGCAAUUGUAAAAAAGAAAUUGGAGUCUGCAGUGGUUUCCCCACAUUGCUUACAAAAA